AUGGACACAAUGUUGGAUCCGUUCUCGGGGCUGGACUCCUUCUCCUCCCCUUAUUUUGACGACGAUGACUUUUUCACAGACCAUUCCUCCAGAGACCAUUUGGACACGGACGAGUUUCUGGAUGACGACGUCAACUUCUUGACCAGCCAAAUCCAAGAUUAUUACAAAGAUAGCCGGAUUACGCACGAUGGGGAAUACUGCGACGCUGGCAACUUUUCGUUCUCGUCUUCAUCAUCCACGUUCUCUUACGGCUGUGCAGACAGCACCUCGGAGCUGUCCCCUCACGGAGACGAUGGGCCGCUGCUAAAGAGGCGGAGACGCAUGAGAUCCGAGGUAGAGAUGCAACAGUUGCGCCAAGCUGCCAACGUCCGAGAGCGCCGCAGGAUGCAGUCCAUUAACGACGCGUUCGAAGGUCUACGAUCUCAUAUCCCAACUCUGCCAUAUGAGAAGAGGCUUUCCAAAGUUGAUACUUUACGCCUGGCCAUAGGCUACAUUAACUUCCUUGCAGAGCUUGUGCAGUCCGACAUGCCAAUUCGGAACCCCCACACUGAUGCUCUAAACCAACCCAAAAAAGUUAUAAUUUGCCACAGAGGAACAAGAUCUCCUUCUCCAAGUGACCCUGAUUACGGUCUGCCUCCUCUCGCUGGUCAUUCCCUUUCCUGGACAGAUGAGAAACAGCUGAAGGAUCAAAAUAUCAUUAGGACAGCAAAGGUCUGGACCCCGGAGGAUCCACGGAAGUUGCACUUAAAGUCAUCUCUCAAUAAUAUUGAGAAUGAGCCUCCAUUUGACUUCAUAUCCUAAGGCACUGUCAUCAUUUUAUUGUAUACACAUAUGUGUAUUUGAACUGUAUGGAUGUAUCCAUGUAUUUUUCUCACGUUUCUUUGUAUAAGUGUAUAUAUUUAUAUUUCUUGCAACCCUUUAUUGUUUAUUUGAAAAGGUCACUGGCAAUCAU